AUGGCUGGCUUUACUGGUUAUUUGACUGAUCCUUCGUCUCUCGCGACCCUUGCCACAGCUGGAGGACUGGGCAUUCUCCUCUGGUAUACAGCUGUUGUUAUAUAUCGGAUCGCCUUCCAUCCAUUGGCACAUAUUCCCGGGCCGUUCCUGGCCAGGGCAACUAAUCUAUAUUCCUUUUAUUUCAAUGGUAUACUUGAUGGGAAGUUUUAUCUGCAGGUUGAGAAGCUCCAUAAGAUAUACGGCCCUGUGGUACGAAUAACGCCCGAUGAGAUCCAUCUAAGCAAUCCGGAGAACUAUGAUAAGAUUUACCAUGUCGGAACCAAGUAUAACAAGAGUGCGCCGUUCUACGAUGCCUUUGGCGUGGAUAAAGCAACCUUCACGACUGCCGAUAACAACAUUCACCGGAUGAAGCGAGCGGCGUUUAACCCAUUCUUCUCUCGAAAGCGUGUCCUUGAGCUUGAAGACAUUGUCCAGUCAAAGGCCAAAACCCUAGUGAAGCGCAUAUCUUCUGCGCUCGAGUCUUGCGGGGGUAUAGAUCUCCAUCAUGGCUUCAGAGCAAUCUCAAUCGAUGUCAUCAGCGACUAUGCUUUUGACAACUGUUAUAAAUUUCUUGAGAAAGAUGACUUCGGCGCACCGUUUUUCGAUGUGAUCCGAGGAUUCGGUCCGAUGUUUUGGCUCUUCCAGCAGGUUCCCUUUAUGCGACCAAUCCUGCUAGGGAUACCACUAUGGAUGGCAAAGUUGACCAGCCCAUCCUUAACCAGCAUGUUGAUGUUCCAUCAGAGCAGCCGAGAGCAGGUGGCCAGAGUCAAACGCCAGGUCGAAGCAAACGAGAAACCGGAGCGGCUGACUAUUUUCCAUCAAUUCUUAAACCCGGAGUUCAUGAAAGACAUCCCGACAGUUGAGCAGUUGAAAGAUGAAGCGUAUAUUGUUGUUGCAGCCGCUGCGGACACGACGGGAAAUGCCAUGACGGUAGCACUAUAUCACACCGUUUCCUCCCCGAAUAUAUAUGCAACGGUGACCGCCGAACUGCGAGAAGCAUUCCCGGAUCCAAAUGGAGACAUCGACUUUGUCACUCUUGAGAAAUUGCCGUACUUUGUUUGUCAUAGCCCUACCGGUAUCAUCAAGGAAGCCUUGCGCUUGUCGUUCGGAGUUGUUGGACGCCUUCCGAGAGUCGUCCCAGAGCCCGGAGCCGAGUUCGAUGGAUAUGAAGUACCGGCCGGCACGAUUGUGGGCAUGAGUUCGUGGACCAUGCAUCGAAAUCAAGACAUCUUCCCUGACCCAGACAAGUUUGAUCCCUCGCGUUGGCUAGAUCCGGCCGCCAGCAUCGAACUCGAAAGGUAUCUUGUGGCAUUUAGCAAAGGAUCCCGCGCCUGCGUUGGCAUGCAACUUGCGGAGUGCGAGCUAUAUGUCACCCUCGGCAGAGUGUUGCGCAGCUUCUCUGACCUGACCAUCAAGCCCAAGGCACGAGAAGAGCUGCUGUAUAUGGACUACUUUUCCUCUUAUCAUCCAGAGAAGUACAACAAGUUCUACUUUGAACUCCCUGGCGGCAAGAUAGAACAGUGA